AUGUUAAACUACAGACUGAGCUGUAAACUGACCCCGGACCUGUCUGUGAGUGCUCCAUGUUUCCAGUGUUCUGAUUGGUCUGUGUGUCUCUGUCUCUUCAGGGUCCUCCACGUCCUGAGCCCUCACCCCGGCACGCCAUCUCCCAUCAUGCCCGCUGACGUUGCCGUGACGAUCUGCCUGGCUGGUUCUCCUCCUCUGCGCUCUUUCCUCAGUAACUAUGACGACCGCCGUUCGUCAUCAGCCGGCCUGUUGAAGCGCCGUGAACCGUGUCCGUCGUCCGUACACUGCAGUGACGCCUUCUGUAACAACAUCACCACGGCGACCACAAGCUCUACGUCAGUGAGCCCAGAGCUGUGGAUGACGAGGAAGAAGAAAAAGAAGAAGAGCGUGGUGUUUGCUGACGUUCGGGGGCUUGCGCUCACUGCCAUCCACGUCUUUAACGAGGCAGAGGACUUCCUGCCGAGCGAGCAGCAGUUCCACCUGAUAGAGUUAGAGGGCGCCACAGCUGGACUACACCUGGGAGACAGCAGAGAAGCUGCAGGUUGUGGCUUCGGUCUAUUUCUGGACUUCAUCCCGCCAGCUGCAGACUAUCUGGACCUGAGGAACCGGCUCCGAGCCCAGCAGGUUUGUCUGGAGACUUGUUCUGUCCAAGAGCGUCUUCUCUCCGGCACCGUUCAGGUCCGAAACCUCUCCUUUGACAAGUCUGUGUCGGUCCGGAUCACCUUUAACUCGUGGCGCUCCUUCCAGGACAUUCCGUGUCUGUACCUGAACAACAUCUACGGCUGCUCCGACACCGACACCUUCUCCUUCUCUGUGUCGGUACCGGAGGUCCUCGAGCCGUCCAGCACAGUGGAGUUCUGCAUUCAGUACCAGACUCAGGACCACACCUUCUGGGACAACAACCAAGGGAACAACUACCGGCUGGCGAUGGCACAGCCGAAUGGUAGGCCAACCCGGAGUGCUGAGAAUCCGGUCGGGCUGGUGAUCCAGAGAGACCAGGCUGGAGAGAAGAGGGAGGAGAUGGAGUUCGACCCAUUUGGAAGUCCCAGGACGUCGGCGGGGAUCUUCCCUGAGUGGCAGAGCUGGGGUCAUGUCGAGACCAGCGCUCCCUACUGGUGAAUCCACCACAGGACAUGUUCUUAAUGUUGGACCAUCACGCAAGCACUGAACCCCCUCACAGCCUCUGACCCAGACGUGUCGGUCAGUACACUACAGACUGCUGAGUCAUUUUAACUGCCCAACACGAGUUCUUGAAAGAACACCUGGACCCCAACAAACCAGUCCCACCACUGUAUAUGAGCCAGAGCUGGCUCAGGUCCGGUCCUCCUGUGCCAGAACCUGACCAAAUGCCCGAUUCAGCCGGACACCACAACAGCCGUCACAAGAAACCUUUAAAAAACUUGAGAGAGCUUCAUAAUUUAAAUAUGCAACAAACCGAGAAGCACAAAGGAGUCCAAUGGGCUUUCACAAGGAUCCGCGAGGUGACCUGGAAGCACUUCUUCUGGUCCUGGUUCUAAUGGUCAUACUGGCACCACUCUGCACUAACACUGUUUUAUUGAGCUUCACCUGUCCUGGUCGUACCUUUGGAUUGUUGCUUUGUUUUUUCAAAACAAAUGACAUGACGUCCAAUCUGUCCAGACUCUAAAGACCAAUCAUAUUUAAUGUUUAAUGAACCUCCAGGAGGUCCAAAUGUUCACCCAGAGUUUAUCUAUCGUUGGUGCUGAAUCCACAUCUGAAGAACCUGAUCAGGAUCAGACCAGGAUCAGACCAGGGUCAGACCAGGAUCAGACCAGGAUCAGCAUGGUUCAGGAUCAGACCAGGGUCGAAAGUUGUUUCAUUGGUCCACAGCCUGAGUCAUCAGUUGCCAGGCAGAUUUUUAAUAUUGCUGUGAUUCCUGAAUCAUGUGACUGCAGCGUGAUGAGGUCAGAGGUCACGUGUUUUAGUUUUUUUCUCUUUGCGUUAGCUUGAAAGCACUGUCACUGUUAGCAUGUAGCUGUGGUAUUUCUGUUGCCGUGGUAACACGUCGGUGACCGUUUCUGUUCUGGGAUGUUUGCUCUUCAUUUCCUGUAGCCUUGUUGUCAUGGUAACCACUGUAGCUGGAGAGCUAAAGACACACCUGCACUUUGUUAGCACCUGUAGCCUUACCGUGUGUGUGUGUGUGUGUGUGUGUGUGUGUGUGUGUGUAAAGCAUGUGACAGGAAGUGGAACAUGGAUGUUUGGAUGUAGUUUUCUGUGGACUCGUGCUGCGUUCAGGUCACGUCAGAUUUAUUGUCAAUAACAGCUGUAGACACCUGGUGCAUUGCCUGGUGUGCUAAUGCUAAUGUUGCUAUCAGUGGAUGGAUGAAGCUCUUUAUUCUGACGUGACCUGAAUGCAUCACUUCAGAUAGUGACCGGUUAGCCAGAGUUAGCCUGUGCUAACUUAGCAGAUAUGAUUAAUUACCUGCUAUGUAACGAUGUCAUGAUGUAAGCAGGAAGUGAUGUAAGGAGGGGAUGAGUGACUGUACCUUUUGUGUGUGUCCUUUCAGAAUAAAAGUCUAACGUUUAUAAUGUU